AGAGAUAGCGGCAAAGAAUUCCAAAAUCUUGAUUAUGUCAUCCUUACCGAGGAGUUUAGAGAAAUGCCAAUUGUUGAAAUUAUAAAACAACACGAAUUUGAGGAAAUUCAUGGAUUAAAUGAUAUCCAAAUUGUCAACCAUACUUACAUAAAAUGCUUUUUCCAAGAAAAAGGAGGUCCUUUAAUUUUUAAGCGUAUAAAAAAAGAUGAAAAAAAAGAAAGCUUGAAUAUUGUCAGUUAUAUGCAAAAUAUUCCUGUUUCCGAUUACAUGGCAAAUAUUACUGUGCCCAGUUUUGUGACUAAUUGUGUGGAGCCUGUGGCUAAAUAUGUGUCAAAUGUGAAUUAUGUGGCGAAUCUUGUACCAAUUGCUGGAGAAAUUUAUAAUAAUUAUAUAUCUUCAGAGCCGUCUAUAAAACUUAUCAUUGAACAAUCUUCAAAUAUACAGAACAAUAAAUCUGAUAUACCGGUGGAUAUUUCAAGUAUCAUCACAUAUUUGCAACAUACUUUGAAAGAUGGGAAUAUUAAAACAAUGUUGCUUACUAGUGACAAUGACGCUUCAUGGAUAUUAGAA